AUGGUAUCGGAACAUGGAGGAAUCAUAAAAGCAAUUCAACAGCAACAACAGAAACCGUAUACUGAGUUCAAAAGUUCAAAAGAAAUUAUGGCCUAUGAACAUUGCAAACUUUCGUGCAAGAAAAUGAAAAAUGGCUUAAGCGUUAAUGAGUAUGUAAAACAGUUACGUGAAGAGUUGAAGCGAACAGAAAUAUUAUUAACUGAUGAAAGAUUGCAAUCUCAAUCUGAAAUUUCGAAUAUUCAGCAGGAAACGAUUCCGGAUUUCGUAACUGGUUUUAAUGUUAAGAAAUUGAAAGCAGAAAAAGAAAAACGGAGCAAUCUAUAA